AUGAAUUACAUCAAAUCAUUAUUAUCCUCUUAUUAUUCUUCUUCUUCACCAAAACAAAAUAAUAAUAAUCAUAAACAAGAUGAAGAAGAGGUAGAUAAUAAUAAUAAUAAUGAAGAAUCAAAAAAGUUUGAUGAAUAUAAUCAUCAACUUUUAAAAUAUAUUCAAUCAAGAUUAAAUGAUGAUAAUGAUCUUCAAACAUCAACAACAAAAACAAAAACAAUAAUAAUAUGUAAUAAUAAUAAUGAUAAGUCAUUUAAUAAUGUAAUUGGGAAUAGAUAUAUUUGGAAAAAGAUUGUAAAUUAUAUUCACGAGAUAUCAAUGAUGUAUGUCAUGUCUACUACGAAUACUACCAAGGUUAGAGCAAAAACACCAAAGAAUCGGUUACCGUAUAUACUAAAAUAUGAUCAAGUUACAAGUAUUGGAUGGAUGCUUGGUAAUGGUUACAAGUCAUUGUUACAUGAUAAAUUGGAUAAAGGUCUAUUCAUUCAAAUACAAGGUGAGAUUGCAAUGGCUACUAUACCACUUAAAAAGAUAUUCAAGACUCGUGAUAUUGGUCUCAUUGAGAAAUUGGUCACUCUCUACAGACUGCACUUUAUCACGCCGACAUCUGUCGAUUUGUCGUGUCGUAGUGGUAGUGUCGAGGUGCUUAAAUUAAUCGUGUCUCUACGUCAUUGUCAAGACACUAUACCAAUCACAAAAGAGGCAAUGUAUAAUGCAAUGAAAUCAGGGUCGUUGGAAUUGGUCAAAUAUCUCGACGUAACCUAUGAAUCGUGCAAGAUAUCCAGUGCCAUGAUCAUCCGAAGACAAAGUCAAGGUCACAGUCUACCAACACUUGAUUAUUUUUGUUCAAGAAAAACACAAACAACAACAAGUACUGUAUUAGACUCCUCGUCGUCGCAGCAUCAGCAGCAAUGUAUAGAUAGUGAAGACAUUAUGUGUUCACUAGACUAUGAUUUGAUCAAAUCUCAUUUACAUGUAGCUUCACUCAGUCUGCGACUCAACUUUAUUUACAAUGUCGCGUUUCUCAUGACCGGGUCUGUUCUUGUCAAAUCAAUACCAAAUGAAUUGAUUACACGUAUGAAUCAUUUCAACGGUACAGAUAAUGUAAAAGAGGUGUUGGCAUGGGAUACUAGUCAGAUAUACUUUGACAAGAUCACUCCAUUGAUACCACUCAUUUUCCAAGUCACCACUGACCAGACUCUAUACAUUGAUGCGCAGAACAAGGUUAUCGAGACUAUGCGCAACAUUCCAAAAGACAGUUACCUGUAUCGGCCACUAUACAACUUGUUGUUGGCGUACGAGUUGGCCAAUACCUACCCACCACUCCUUAGUUCAAACUAUGCAAGAGAGUCCAACCAAGACGCAUUGCAUACUAUGACAGCCAAGGGAGUGAUCCGUAUGGGUGUGACUGAUAGAUCAGUACUCUUGUUGGUCAUCCAAGGUCUUCAAAGCAGUACACAACGUUCACAGACAGACUAUUUUAGUAGUUUGAUCAAUUUGUAUACCACGAUUGAUCAGUUGCAUGUUAUAAUGGAUGUUGAUCCAUCACUCAAACAACACAGACUCAAGAGGAUAUACACGUCGUUUCAACCCGAGGUAUUUGACCAUCUCAUGCACCUAGAUGUCAUCACGUUUGAAGAAAUACAUGAUUGGCCAGGUAGAAUCAUAUUUGAUAUGUCUCUUGCCAAGUAUAUGCUCGCACAUCAUCUAGAGACACUCACAGUGGCCAAGUUUUCAACCGACAUUCACUACACUCCAUUCUGUCACACUGUAGAUAUCAUAUCGAUGAUGCUUAUAGAGGCAGGUUGCACACCAUCAUUUUACGAGAACACGUCACACAGUUUUAGCAACUUUUGUCAUCCCCAAUCGCCAACCGCCAAUUAUUUCAUGAAAUACCUAGUACGAACGAAUCAGUGUGCUGCAGUCUUUCCAAUGUGUGCAGCUAUCCAACACCGAAAUCUCACUCUAUUUGAUGCACUCGAUGCCAUUGAUAGUAAACCAUUUGUGCCAACUUUACAUCUCGACUCUACACACCGAGACAUUCAACAAGCACUACAGCAGCUGAUAGCACUUGGUGAUUUUAAGAGGUAUUCUAUUUUGAUCAAACGUAUCAAUGAUGUUAAACUCGAUACAUUGGCAACUAGUCUAUGUAUUACUUUUGGUAGUUUGGAUUUCUUUAAACAACAUAUCGUAGCGUUUCCCAAAUCAUUUGAUUUGGUUAGAUUGGCAGAUCGAAUAACAUAUGAUUGUAACCUACCAUUCCUAGAGUAUCUAUUGACUGAGCAUACCGAAUCAUUUAGAUUAUAUGUAAAUUUAAAUUCUUUGUUUGGUAAAGCAUGUUCAGUUGGAGCUUUAGACAUAAUGAAAAUGAUCUAUCGAUAUAAUUUAGAAUUAGAAUAA